GUCGCUCGCGUCAAACAUGGCAGCUUCCAUGUGUUAACAUGAGAGCGAACCGCAAGCGGUGUGUAACAGAGAGUAAACAGCUAGCACAGGGGUGCCCGUUGCUUUGGAAACAAAAUAAUAAAACUUCCAAGAAAACAGGAGAGCCAGUGUCCACGCAAAGGAGGUGACACGGCCAUUGUGGCUUUAUGCUGGUGCGGACAGCCCGGCUGUUCCCCUUCAUCAUCUCCCAUCACCUGCAUCCCUCUCGCACACAUUCAGCCGGACAAGGAUUUCGGUGGAGUGCAGCUGCUGCUAGCAGGGGAGUGAGAUUCAUGGAAACUGAAGUUCCUGCCUCUAACCCUCCAGCUGCAUCUGCUCAAGAUUCAGCAGAUGGCACGGGCCAGUCCGCCACUAGCUCUACAGGUGACCAGGAGAAGAUGCCUUCUGUGGGACUGUUACCAGGAGAGACAGUGGUUAAAGAGGGAAAGGCAGCCAUCUUGUUCCCCAGUGCCAAUGAGGUGUUUUAUAACCCAGUGCAGGAGUUCAACAGAGAUUUAACAUGUGCUGUGAUCACAGAGUUUGCGAGAGAGCUGCUGGCUCAGCGAGGGGUGAAGGUGGUGGUGCCAGGCGAACAGGAGAGGGUGGUGGUCUCUCUGUCAGAGGAGACAAACGAGGCCGAGGCACAGACGGAGGAGAAAAACGGAUCAGAGGAGCCAGCUGUAAAGGCAGCUGCGGGGGAGAAAUGUGAGCGUGGUCUGCGUGUCCUGGAGGGCCUAGCAGCAUCUGGUUUGCGCUCGGUGCGUUUUGCUCUGGAGGUCCCAGGCCUGCAGAGCGUCACUGCCAACGACUUCUCUGCUAAGGCGGCGGCUCUGAUCGCCAGGAAUGCCCAGUACAACGGAGUGAGCCACCUGCUCCAGGCCAGCUGCAGAGAUGCCAGGUAUGACUAGUCAGCAUGUUCUGCUGCUUUACUUCCCACUUUGAUCAGCUCCACUGUUCAGUCAGGUCUUUUAUGUAUAACCUGUACAGACAUGGCGGUGAUGGCAGGAAACAGUGGAGAGACUUGCUACAGCAAAUACGGUUCAGUCUCCAUCAAAGCCAAAUAUUGUCAUGAAAUGGCUCUGCGCAUCAUCCUGCACAGUUUGGACCAGAGGGCAGGAGUGUACCAGCGAUACAUCCAGCCCCUGCUGUCCGUCAGCGUCGACUUUUACAUUCGAGUCUUCGUCCGCGUCUUCACAGGACAGGCUACAGUCAAAAACUCAGCCAGUAAGCAGGCGCUGGUGUACAACUGUGUCGGCUGCGGGGCUUUCCACUUGCAGAGAAUGGGCAGGAGAACGAGCAACGGAAAACACAUGAAGUAUUCUGCUGCCACCGGGCCACCGGUUGGACCAGAGUGUGAGCACUGCGGACAGAGACAUCAGCUGGGCGGUCCGAUCUGGGCAGAGUCCAUCCACGACCUGGAGUUCGUCCAGAAGGUUUUGUCUGCCGUGUCGGGGAACCCUUCCAGGUUUGGGACAUCUAAACGCAUUGAGGGCGUGCUGAGCAUGGUGACUGAGGAGUUGGAGGAUGUGCCGCUUUAUUACACCGUGGACAAUCUGAGCAGCACGAUACACUGCAAUACUCCACCCCUGCUCCAGUUUAGGUCUGCUCUCCUCCAUGCUGGCCACAGGGUCUCCCUCUCUCACGCCUGUAAAAACGCCAUCAAAACAGACGCUCCUCCUGCAGCCAUCUGGGACAUCAUGCGAUGCUGGGAGAAAAUCAACCCUGUAAAGAGGGAGAAAUUAUCUCCGACCAGCCCCGCAUUCAAGAUCCUCUCCACUGAGCCCAGCUUUGAGGCCUGUUUCACUGUAAGGGAGGACGCCAACCCUCAGUCCCGUAAGCGCCACCUGACCCGGUUCCAGGAGAAUCCUCAGGCCUUCUGGGGACCCAAAGCUCGCGCCAAAGCUGGUGGUGGAAUCUCUGCUGACCUGCAAGACAAGAGGAAAAAGUUCCAGAACAAGAGAAAGAACCAGAUCACAGACUCUUCUCAGCUCAAGACCUUCCCCUGCAAGAAGUUCAAACAGGGAACAUGUACCCACGGAGACGAGUGCUGCUACUUCCAUGACUCGGAGCAGACAAAUGAACAGAAAACAGAGUGAUGACUCUAUAUUUUUCCUUUAUUUUAAAAUAAUCUUAUUUGUGGAAUUUGAAUGGAUGUUUGAAUGUUGCACAGCAGACUGUUUUGGCUUUUAAAAGUUACUGUACAUAACAUUUCCAUGAUUUAGUUCUAUGCCAGAGGGUUUUUUCUUUUUGACUGUCAGCCUGUGUUCACACCAAUAAAGUCAUUGCUGUGAGA